GCCCAGAUCUGGCCAACCCCAAAGACACUUCUUGCCUUCCAAAUUUCCAAACGCCCAACAUGGUCGAGACAAGAAAAGCAAAGACAACAAGGCUCGCCCUGGGUUUGACAGAAGCUCAACCGAAGCAUUCGACCUUCAUCCGCCUCCCUGUCGAAGUCAGGCUGAUGAUCUACAAGCAUGUGUGGACUCCGACCGCCAUGCCUUGGGAGUACGACAUCAUCGCUCAGCGUGAGGGCCAACCCGCCAGCGACCAUAUGAAGCAAAUUCAUGUCUUAACCUCCGUCUGUCGCCACAUGCGAUACGAGGUGAUCGCCGAAUAUUUCCUCCGAAGCCAAGCCCACAUCAACUACGCCGCCGGCGACUCCUCCCACUGCGACGGUAGGAGCGAUAUGCGAGUGCUUGCCUCCAUGUGGCACCUCAAACGCUCCAGCCUUUUCACAGAGCAUCUUCAGCAUGUACGCCUGAACUGGCUACCCAUCAAUGACUGGAGCGGCUGGACUGCCUGGGACAACAUGGUGGACAAGGCCAACGCGCGAAGGGAUAUUGUCGGGCCGUUCGCCAUGGCCGCGCCUUGGGGUACGGCGGGGCAGCCAAGAAGAGUCUUGCGCCAGAUGGAUACCCUGAAGUGGCUGGCGAGUUUGAAAAGCUUACGGACUUUGGAGAUCACGUUCAUCGAUGUCAUGACUGUUCAUGAAAAUGAUUUCGUAUCCUUCUACGACACUCUGGCAUGGCGGAAAUUAAUGAAAAUGCCCAAGCUGGAGUGGAUCACCUUACGACUCUUCUCCGGCUCCGCCCGCCACGAAGAAUGGAACUGGAACUCACCGGAAAGGCUUUCGGACCGUGAGAAGGUAAUGGAUCUUAAGGCGAGCCUCUUAAAAGGUCCUUCUGCGAUGCUAAAGAAGGAACGUAAGCGGUGUCGAAUCGACACUAAUGUCGGUGCGGUCACGGCCGAGGUUUUUCUUUCCCCGGCAGUUUAA